AUGAAUCGCUCCAACAGCUUAAGCUGGAAGGAUAGUAGCGUGAUCAUUCUAAAUGAAUUUGGUUUCUCAUAUGUAUUUUCCCUGGUUUGGGGACCUCGUGAAGUUCUCCAUAUCUUAGGAACAUAUCCUAAAACCAAGCUGGAUUCAAAUAUGUCCACAAAAAUGUGGCCAAAAAUGUCCCAGUCUUUCUGGAGCAGAAUUGGCUUGGAAAGUGAAACAAUGCCUUCGAGAAAGGUAAAAGCAAAUGAAGGUCUUAUGAGACGCAGUUCUCGUACGCCAAGACAGAUGGAAAAUACUGAAGAUUUACCUCAAAGUUCUAGAAAACGAAAAAUUUAUCCAUCUCCAUCUUCUGAAGACAGAAGCAGAAAACAAAUUAAAAAAACCAUAGAUGGACGUAAUAUGGAUUCAUAUUGCUGGAUUUGCCAUGAAUUGGGGCAAGAUGAACUUUGUUCCAUUUGCUGUAGAGUUUUUCAUAGCAGUUGUCUGAGCAAAAAACUGAAUUUUAACAAUCAAAAGUGUCCAGAAUGCCAAAAGAAUACUAUAGUUGGAAAUGAAGUGUGUUUUACAGUGUCACAGGAUAAACUUCAAAGACUUUUAUCUUAUGCUGUUACACAAGUAUAUAAAAGUGUGAAUGUUCCAAGUUGUUUAUGGAGAUGGCCUAGUACUGAAGAGAAUGAUAAAUUAGGGCAAAUAAUCGAUGGAGAGAUUCUUAUUGAUAAGUUAAAUGGGGACAAGAAUCAUUACAAAACUGUUGCAGCUUUCUAUUCUGACGUUAAGUUUUUAUUGCAUAAUAGUCACAUACUAUAUGGAGGAAACUCUAAUGAAGUCCAAGGUGCUAAGAGAUUGUUGAAAAGCUUUAAAACUGAAUUGAUGGAUAUUGAAGCUUGUCCGGAAUGCUAUGAAAAUAAAAUAUCUGAAGUGCGUUUCCUGCCCGACUUCUUCUCAAGAAUAUGUAAAGAUCCACACACUAUUAUUUGGGCAAAACUGAAGGGUUUUCCUUAUUGGCCAGCAAAGUCAUUAAGAAUUGUUGAGGAUGCAGCUGACGUAAGAUUCUUUGGAACACAUGAUAAAGCAUUUGUUCCAGUGAAUAACUGUUUUCUUAUGUCACGUGAAUAUCCAACACCCAAAACUCCGAAACAGAAUAAAUUUCUGGAUGCAAUGAAGGAAUUAAAUGCAUAUAUAAGUAGAUUCAAUAAGGAAGUUGGAACAUUUCAAUUUGCAGCAGCAAAAAUGGCAUAUGAAACCGAAAAUCUUGACUGUGAUCAUAGUGAAACUGUAGAAAUGGAUGAAAGGGACAACAGUUUUACAAUUACUGGAAAUGAUGUAGUGGAUGAUAAUACACUUUUAUUAACAGCAAGUGAGAAUGAUCUCUCAGAAGAAUUCCUGGACUCCAGUGAAGGUGAGAAUACUCUUUCUGGUGGACUCUUGGAUGUCAGCGAAGAGACAGAAUUCCCUUCUUUGGAAGUGCCUGCUCCUCUGACAUAUCCUACAGUAACAGAUGUUAGUAGCUCAUCUUAUGUUGAAAAAGAAGUCCACAAUCAAACAUUUACUCCUGUUUCAGUUUCUAUGACAUUUUCUACUGAUGAAGAAGUGCAGCGCUCUUAUGAGAGCAGUUAUCAAAGUAAUGCUGCUUCACUUAGUGUUCCAGCCACCACAGAUUCUAUUAAAUCUGCAACUGCUCAGAAUGAGAGAAAUGGUAAUCAAAAUAUCUCAGUGCUUGCAAGCAGUGAUGUGGCUGUGCUUGCUUCUCCUGUAGUAACUGGAUCUCAGUCAUUAGCAGUACCAGCUUCAUUUAUGGAACAAGCAUUUAUAAAUUAUAUGAGCAAUGACGCACAUAAUGAACUUCCUCAUGUAUAUGGGAUUAAUUACAAUAACCUUUCCCAAUCUCAAAUUGCACAAAAUCUUCAGCCUACAAGAUUUAGCUUAAGUUUAGGAUCUGAAAAUGACUCAAUACAAGAACAAGGUGUAAUUUCUGGCUCAAAAACUUUAUGUGAUAAUACAUUCGUUAAUACUGUUCAAGCACAUGGAAAUUAUUCUAAUUGUGUCGUUACUAAUUCCAGUGUGGAUCAGAGUGUACCUGUAAACAGCAGUCAGGCGGAAUUUAGCAUUGCAGGUUUGUGUGCAGAAUGUGAUAAUAAUCAUGAGGAAAAUGCUUUAAAUCAAGUUGGAGAUGAAUCUGGAGAAGAGAUAGAAUUUAUUUGUGAAACUCGUGGAACAGUAGCUAACACUA